UUGCUGAUAGGGCUGGACACAAAUGUGAUCAUCUGAUACUAGAGGACAUCACCCACAGGUUCACUCAUCCUUGCAUACUUGAUCUAAAGAUGGGUCAGAGGGUCUGGGACGACCACGCCCACCCCGACAAGAUAGAGAGAGAACUCAAGAAGUACCCAGCACAAGAAAGACUGGGUUUCAGAAUCACCGGAAUGAGAAUAUACAAGCCAUUCACUGAUGACUAUGUCUAUUAUGAUAGAUAUUAUGGUCGCAGUGUCACUGAAGAUACUGCUUUAUCAGCAAUCACAAAGUUCUUUGAAGUGGGUGAUGGGUCUCACCGCACUGACGUUGUGAACUGCAUCAUGGAUAAACUAACAGAGUUCAUCAAUUGGAUGGAGAAGCAGAAUACCCUUAGCCUCUUUGCCACUUCCCUCCUCAUAGUUUAUGAAGGCGGGCCCACUCCAGCUGCUGGUGAUAAGCAGCAGACUCAAGUUGAUAUCAGAUUAGUUGAUUUUGCUCACACGUACGAGAAGGAACGUGAUGAUACUCAAGACGCUAAUGCUUUGUUUGGCGUCAGAAAUUUUACCCAAUACCUCGAGCAUUUCCUAAAGACUGCAGGGCAGUAGUUUUAUUCCAGAUUUUUUGAUAAAAGAGAAGAAUUGCUAUACUGGAUAUAAUUAUUAUUACUUAUUAUUAUUAAUUUAUUAUUAUUUGCAGAUUUUUCCUACUGUUUUACUUAUUAAAAUGCACAAUCUCUCACUGGUAGUUUAUUAAAUAAUGCUCUUUCUUUCUUUUUUUCUAAUUUGCAAUGCCAAU